CUUUUGGUUCACCACUCACAAGUACGGCUCCUCACAAGCCUUUUGGUUCACCACUCACAAGCAUGGCUGCUAGCAUGCCUUUUGGUUCACCACUCACAAGUACGGCUCCUCACAUGCCUUUUGGUUCACCACUCACAAGCAUGGCUGCUAGCAUGCCUUUUGGUUCACCACUCACAAGUACGGCUCCUCACAUGCCUUUUGGUUCACCACUCACAAGCAUGGCUGCUAGCAUGCCUUUUGGUUCACCACUCACAAGUACGGCUCCUCACAUGCCUUUUGGUUCACCACUCACAAGCAUGGCUGCUAGCAUGCCUUUUGGUUCACCACUCACAAGUACGGCUCCUCACAUGCCUUUUGGUUCACCACCCACAAGCAUGGCUGGUAGCAUGCCUUUUGGUUCACCACUCACAAGUACGGCUCCUCACAUGCCUUUUGGUUCACCACUCACAAGCAUGGCUGCUAACAUGCCUUUUGCUUCACCACUCACAAGCAUGGCUGCUAGCAUGCCUUUUGGUUCACCACUCACAAGUACGGCUCCUCACAAGCCUUUUGGUUUACCACUCACAAGCAUGGCUGCUAGCAUGCCUUUUGGUUCACCACUCACAAGUACGGCUCCUCACAUGCCUUUUGGUUCACCACUCACAAGCAUGGCUGCUAACAUGCCUUUUGGUUCACCACUCACAAGCAUGGCUGCUAGCAUGCCUUUUGGUUCACCACUCACAAGUACGGCUUCUCACAAGCCUUUUGGUUCACCACUCACAAGCAUGGCUGCUAGCAUGCCUUUUGGUUCACCACUCACAAGUACGGCUCCUCACAUGCCUUUUGGUUCACCACUUACAAGCAUGGCUGGUAGCAUGUCUUUUGGUUCACCACUCACAAGUACGGCUCCUCACAUGCCUUUUGGUUCACCACUCACAAGCAUGGCUGCUAGCAUGCCUUUUGGUUCACCACUCACAAGUACGGCUCCUCACAUGCCUUUUGGUUCACCGCUCACAAGCAUGGCUGGUAGCAUGCCUUUUGGUUCACCACUCACAAGUACGGCUCCUCACAUGCCUUUUGGUUCACCACUCACAAGUACGGCUCCUCACAUGCCUUUUGGUUCACCACUCACAAGUACGGCUCCUCACAUGCCUUUUGGUUCACCACUCACAAGUACGGCUGCCAACAUGCCUUUUGGUCUACCACUCACAAGUACGGCUGCUAGCAUGCCCUUUGUUCCACCAGUGACUACCGGUAUGCCUAUGAUUCCACCAGUGCCCAUGCCUCUAUCCAUGACUUCCCAGGCACCCAUGAUCCCCCCCCUGGGCUUGUCCUCUGUCCUUCCGCACGCCUACCCCAGCGUCCUGCCCCAGCUGACUUCUGCCGUGCACCCCCCCGCGACGCUGCCAGUGAGCACCCAGUGUAACCUUCUUGGCGGACGUACUGGUUGCUAGACGAAGGAGGCAAGAGAAGUUGUGAUCCACGAAAGGGAUCCACGUUGCCGUCCUAAUAUCUUUGACUUCUUCCGUUUGGCAUUUUAACGGAUAAGAAUAAUAAACAGAUGCAUGAUGA